AUGUCGACGAUUUUGGCGAUUGAAUUUUUUGCGCUGUUCGCCGCGAUCAUCAUUUAUUUUCUCGUCAUCUAUUUCACGACGAAAAUGGCGUUUCAUUUGAAUUUUCUGGCGAUUAUCGUCUACGCGACGAGCAUGUACGUUGUCGAUAUGAUAUGCCGAAUGAUUAUCAUUUUGUAUGAGAUUGGCGUUGUGCGAAGCGAAGGACCACUAUUUCCGGAGAACCACUUGCCGCCAUCGCAGAAUGAUUUCGACAUCGUUGUGUUCAUUUGCAGCCUCGUACGCGUCCAUUUCAUGGUGAUCAUUUCAAUUCUGUCAUUUAUGAUUGCCGCUGAGCGAUAUUUCGCCACCAUUUUGGUGUCGACGUAUGAGAAUCGCCGACAUUAUUGGGUGAUGGUGUUCGUUUUGGGCAAUGGAAUUAUUGGUCCCACUAUUGGGACCAUUCUAGUUCACUUUGACAUUUUUAUUUCAUAUAUUUUAAUCGCACUGGCAAUUAUCCUAAAUAUCGUGUGUUAUAUGUUUUUCAUUGUUUUGUACACGGUGAACCAUCGAAAUUUGACGGAGCCGACGAAGCGGUACACGCUGAGCUUCAGAUUCCAAUUAAAUGAGAAUCUGAAAUUGAUAAAAUGGAUGAAAUCGAUUUUCACAAUUGUCAAUAUUGUCAAUUGUACGGCGGCGUUCAUUUUUGCGGGUUUGUCGAUUGUCGUGAAAUUCGGCGCUUUGUACGCAAUCGCCGCCGGUGUGCUGCGUACCGAAGAGAAAAACACCGAAUCAUAUGGUUAUUUGAUUUGUGUUACUGGAUUAUUAUCGGAUAAGUAUAUUCGACGAGCGUUUUUGAAGCAUGAACCAAUACGCGUUCUCACAAUGCCAUUUUUUGGUCGAUUUUUUCCCGAUGAUUUCGCCAAAUCGAAAACACGAUCGGCUACCGAUGAGGCGAACGUCUACUUCACGACGCUCACCAAUCAAUGGGAUAUUGGAUUGGAGCCGAAAAAAAUUGAGAAGCCUCGAAAAUGGGCGGCGCGAAAAUGUCGCGUUGACGCGAAAAAUUAA